AUGUCCGAUGAUAUCUCUUCUAACGAACCGAUAUCGGAAUGUUCAAUAUCAUCAGUCAAUAAGAAAAAUGAAAAAGAAGAUGAAAAACAACAACAUAAAUUAAUGGAAUUGUAUAAGUCAUUUGAUGAAUAUAGUGAAUGUCCAUUAUGUCUAAAACUUUUAUGUGAACCAAUAACAACGAAUUCAACAUCUCAAAUGAAAGUGAAUACAAUUUUACAUAAUUUAUUACAAAUUCGUUACACAAAUGAAUAUGCUGAACGACGUAAAGAAAUUGAACAAGAUCGACAUGAAAAUGAAUUACUUAUUAUUAUUAAAAAAUGUUUAAUAAUUGGAAAUCAUCAUGAAAUGAUAACUACCGAUAAUCGUAGCAGUAAUAAACAUUGUUGGACACUAUUUAUUCGUUUUGAUGAAGAUGAUGAAGAUGAUAUUGAUGAUUUUAUUAAAGAAGUACAAAUUGAUUUACAUCCAACGUUUAGUCCAGCAAGAUUAAUAUUAAAUAAAGCACCCUAUCGCGUGAGAAGAAUCGGGUGGGGUGUAUUUAGGAUUGGCAUCAAAAUUAUCUUUCAUCAAAAAUAUUCAAAAUCUGAUUUAGAUACAACGUGGAUGUUAACAUUUACAGGUUCAGGCAAUCGAAAAACAAUUGAUUUAGACUUUAAAACAAAAAAGCUUUUAGUCGCAGAAACAGUGGUACAUCAAGAUCAGACCAAUCUGAAUUUUGUUGCAACAACAGCAACACAGUCUUCACCUGAUACAUCAGACGAUCAUGAUAGUGGUGAUGAAAUCGACGAUGAUCCUUUUGGACUAAUGCAUUAA